AUGGCGACAAAAGCGUGUUCAAACAUAUUCGAUAUUUUAUGUCUAGACUGUAUGUCGUAUGACCACUGUAUAGAAAUGAACUUGGCAUUGGGUAAAGAAACAAGCCAAAGUACAACAUUUGGAACUGGAUCAUCAUCACGUGCUGUAGAUGGUAAUACUGAUAGCAAAUAUACUAUCAAUUACUGUUCUCACACUGAUAAACAGAAAACUCCUUCAUGGUGGUGUGUUAACUUGAAGUCAACUGAACAAUUUAAAUCUAUUAUGCUAUAUAAUAGAGACAUCUUGAAGGACAGAUUAAAAGGAUUCUCUGUAAAAGUAAGCAAAUCUGGAGGAUGUGAUCAAAGUACAUUUGAAUCAAGUCAAGUUUGUUACAAAGACGAAAGUACCGAACUAAAAGAUAUUUAUACUGUAGAUUCAUGUAACGAAGGACAGUAUGUUUUUAUUACAACACCAAGAAGUUAUCUAACUCUUUGUGAAGUGAAAAUAUUACAAGAUCUUCCUGUGAGGAACUUGGCAAUGGGUAAAGAAACAAGCCAAAGUACAACAUUUGAAACUGGAUCAUCAUCACGUGCUGUAGAUGGUAAUAUUGAUAGCAAGUAUACUAUCAAUUACUGUUCUCACACUGAUAAACAGAAAACUCCUUCAUGGUGGUGUGUUAACUUGAAGUCAACUGAACAAUUUAAAUCUAUUGUGCUAUAUAAUAGAGACAUCUUGAAGGACAGAUUAAAGGAU